GCCCCAGGCUAGCCAUGUGAGCGGUCUUUACCAGGCCAGUCUGCCCCAGGCUCUAAAGAUGUCUCCUUGACCUCCAGCUGUCAUCUCACUCUCAUUAAAUCUGCUGAAAGUCCAGAGGAGAGGGAAGGCAAGAGGGGGUGUGGCAUCCUGCCUCUGCCAGGUGUGUUCACCUGUCCUGAGGUUAUACCUGUCCUGUAGUGAGCUGCUCACAGCCAGAGAACAGACUGGAGCUCAGCUCGGCACACACAAGCCUGGAAUAGGAUUUUCACCAACAGCAUCAUUGUGGGUAUGUGUCUUUGGUUUGCCUGCCUGUCUUUGCGUCUAAACAACUUGAUUUACCCAGUCAGUCAUUCACUGAAGUGGUGCUCUCAGGAAAUGACGUACUUCAGAACAGCGUAGAACACAAAAGGGUUAUGAAGGUAACUGGCUGUGGCUGUCAUUGCCUGUAAUAAUAACCCAUGACAUGACAGUGUAACUGGCACAAUUGUUAAGGAGGGAGUUCAUGGUUGAAAAGUUUGCACUUUUGUGUUUUUGUGUGAGGAUGUCACCAGGAUGGAGAAAAUAGCCCAGUGAAGGGCGCUGAUAGAGGAGUCCAGUGAGACAGUGGAACAAGUGAUCUGCGUGAGAGCGCAAAGUCCAGUGCAUAACCUGCAGUGCACCUCCAGUCCAGCAGAGGGCACUAUGCCACAGAGAAACAACACAGACCUGCAGGACCUCCUGGCCUCUUGGCUGCAGCACUGCCUGAACAGGACGUGGGGGACCACAUUAUCUCAGGGGACUGCCACCCAGCCGCCAGCGUUCCCCCAGAGCCCAAACCCGACCGGGGGUGAGGGCGUGGUUUACAUCCUGCUCAUGGUGGGCCUUUUCAGUUUCUUCACCUUCGGCAUCAUGCUCAGCUACAUCCGCUCCAGGAAGAUGGAGAACUCCCAGGAUCCCUACCACCAGUACAUUGCGCACGACUGGACCCGGGACAUGGCUCCACCCCCCUCCACCACGAUCUCCAAGGUGAUGGGCAGGUCUGCCUUUGACCAUACCCUCUUAAAGAAAGAACCGGUUGUCAUCGGCAACCCCACUGCCCUGGCACAGCUCCCAGGGUGACGAGGGGGGGGCAGGAGCAUGGAUUCAAAAGCCUCACCAGGUAUUCAGUACCUGUAUUCUCCUCUUUCUCAUCACUGCUUCAGUACAGAUCUUGGUUGGGGACUGGAGCACAGACAGCCUGCUGUUGCCCCAGUGUUUUACUCGCUCACGCUCCGUAAGGAUUUUUCAGCUUCUUUGUAGGAAAACAGGACUUUCAGUCUGGAGAAUACAGAGCUGUUUAUCUGGGGGAUCUCUAGGGUCUGUGGUGAGAGCUUAAUGACAGUUAUGAACCUAUUUUUACCAUUUGUAAUAAAUCCUGUUCCAGUGUGAACAAUCACUGCUGAUGAUUCAGCUGCUGACUCCAGGCCGAUAACUGUCUAUUCUUUGCUUUAUUUUAGUCAUAAUUGGAAAUCAUGAUGUACACAUUUAUUCAAGAGUAAAAUUAUGCAAUAAUUAAAUGUACUAUUGAUUUUUUUAAAUGCUAUUGUAUCACACUUAAAAAGCUCCAUGUAUGAUUGUCCUACAGUGUCACACAAACUUACAGGCAUAAGAAAACGAACACUUAUUAAAUACUAAGAUGCAAAGUC